GCCUGCGGCCUUAGCAGCUGGGAGGCGCCCUUCGCCGCCAUGACGUCACGUGCUGGGAGGUGGUGUCAGGCACCGCUGGGCGUGGCGGCGCGAAGGGGGCGUGGCCGUUGCCAUGGCGCCGCUUCCUGUAUUGAUUUGAAGCAGACUGAUUACUGAUUGGACUUCAUGAAUAUAAAUCCCUGAGCCUGCUGAACUCCCCAGCCCCUCUGCUUUCCACCAUGGACCAGGAUUAUGAGAGACGUCUCCUACGCCAAAUCAACAUACAGAAUGAAAACACAAUGCCUUGCGUAGCAGAGAUGAGAAGAACCCUGACGCCUUCCAAUUCUCCAAUGUCUUCUCCUAGUAAGCAUGGAGACAGAUUCAUUCCCUCAAGAGCCGGGGCCAACUGGAGCAUCAACUUCCACAGAAUAAACGAAAAUGAAAAAUCACCAAGUCAAAACAGAAAAGCAAAGGAUGCUACAUCAGACAAUGGCAAAGAUGGCCUUGCGUACUCUGCUUUGCUGAAGAACGAACUCUUAGGAGCAGGGAUUGAGAAAGUACAAGACCCACAGACGGAAGACCGGAGGCUGCAGCCGUCCACCCCGGAGAAGAAGUCCCUCUUCACUUAUUCACUCAGCACAAAACGCUCUAGUCCAGAUGAUGGCAAUGAGGUCUCACCAUAUUCCCUGUCUCCUGUCAGCAACAAAAGUCAGAAGCUGCUAAGAUCACCUCGAAAACCAACCCGGAAAAUCUCCAAGAUUCCUUUCAAAGUGCUAGAUGCCCCAGAGCUGCAGGACGACUUCUACCUGAACCUGGUGGACUGGUCCUCUCUUAACGUCCUCAGCGUUGGCCUUGGGACUUGUGUUUAUCUGUGGAGUGCUUGUACUAGCCAGGUGACCCGACUGUGUGACCUCUCUGUGGAAGGAGAUUCAGUAACAUCUGUGGGCUGGUCAGAACGGGGGAACUUGGUAGCCGUGGGCACUCACAAGGGUUUUGUACAGAUCUGGGAUGCAGCAGCAGGAAAAAAGCUCUCCAUGCUAGAGGGACACACAGCCAGAGUGGGUGCCUUGGCAUGGAACGCGGACCAGCUGUCCUCUGGGAGUCGAGACAGGAUGAUCCUUCAGAGGGACAUCCGCACCCCACCCCUGCAGUCUGAGCGGCGGCUCCAGGGCCACAGGCAGGAGGUCUGUGGGCUCAAAUGGUCUACAGACCACCAGCUCCUGGCCUCUGGAGGAAAUGAUAAUAAGCUCCUUGUUUGGAAUCACUCCAGCCUGAGUCCUGUCCAACAAUACACAGAGCAUCUUGCGGCAGUAAAAGCUAUCGCCUGGUCUCCGCACCAGCAUGGACUCCUUGCCUCUGGCGGUGGGACAGCUGACCGCUGUAUACGCUUCUGGAACACGCUCACCGGGCAGCCUUUGCAGUGCAUCGACACUGGGUCGCAAGUGUGCAACCUGGCCUGGUCAAAGCACGCCAACGAGCUAGUGAGUACCCAUGGAUACUCGCAGAACCAGAUCCUCGUCUGGAAAUACCCCUCAUUAACUCAAGUAGCAAAGCUAACGGGGCACUCGUACAGAGUCUUAUAUCUGGCAAUGUCCCCUGAUGGGGAGGCCAUAGUUACAGGAGCUGGAGAUGAAACCUUGCGCUUCUGGAACGUCUUCAGUAAAACACGCUCGACAAAGGAGUCUGUAUCCGUUCUGAACCUCUUCACCAGGAUACGAUAAACCCCAUAUACUGCGACCCAGGAGACUACAGCCUGAACAGACCAGGAUAAAACCACUACCUUUGGUGUGCAUGGAACCCCAAACGAUCAGCCAGAAGGGGAGGGGAGUGCCAGUGGGACUGGAGGAUGGACCCAAUAGAUGCUAAUUAAAUAACGCGCUUGUGAACCACGCUGGGCAGUGUUUGGGAUGGGGGUUGGGGAGGGGAGGGAACUGCCAAAGGUUUACAGAUCCGUCCUUUGUAAAGGGAAACGGCUACCAGAGGAAAUGUGAAAUAGCGUCCCCCAACCCUCAUGUUGUAAACUGGAGAAAAAAAAAAACCAAAAACGUGUGUGACAUGGACCAUUGAGACCGUACCAAGGCCAUCCCAGCUGCUGUGUUGUCCCCACUGGGGAAGAGAUGGGAGUAUCCAUGCCUCUGUGGGAGUGGGUUUAAUGUGCUGCUCUGGGUCCUUCUGUCCCCAGAUGGAGGUCUCUGGAGGUAGGAGCCAGCCAGCCUGGUUCAAUACAACUGGUGCAAGGGGACUAGACUCCAGGCUGGGCAUUAGCCUCUCUGCUUAUCUAAGGGCAUUGUUUAUAGCCUGGCAUCCCCAUUACGUGAAGAAACUGGAGAACUGAUGAUUUUCCUUCCUUUUUUUUGCCCCCACCCCCCCCCUCAAAUAGGUACUGUAGUACUGGAUACAAUCAUUCCCAUAAAACAGCUUGAUUUUUGGCAUGCUCGACAGCUGCCUUCAAACAAAUACAUUUUGGGGCUCUAAAUUUUGGAGGAGUAUUGAAGAGGCUCCACCUCAGAGGGAGCACAUUCAGAAAGUUUUAAAUUGCUAAUGCAUGUUCUGGGCUGAUCCUUUUAGUUAACAGAGAGGAGAAACAAUGGCUUUAAAAAAAAAAAAAAAAAAAAAAGAAAAAAAACAACAACAAAAAAAAAACCAAAACACCCAAAACAACGAACAACCACCAUGCAUGUGGAGCUUCCCACAGUGUGCUGUUUGUGGCAGGCUGGUUGCUCUGGAGUCUUCCUGAGGACAAAAGCAGCUGAGAUGUGUUUGAGAAACAAAACAACUCCUGUGGAUCUGUCUGUUGGAGAGAGCAUGGCCUCUUCUGGCUGGAAGGGGGGUGGAAAUGCCACGUCUGGGUGAGAAGGGGGGUUCUUUUUCUAAAGCAAAGAAGUAUUGCUUUUUUUUUAUCUCCAAGUCAAAGCCAGGGACCCGUUGUUGGGUUGUGGGGGGGGUUUUGUUGUUUUUUAUUUUUAAGUUGUAUGGGAAGAGAGUGCCUGCUUGUGUGCUUGGAGCCUGCGUGAUGAGUGCCGUGGGAUGCGACGCAAAGCAGUGGUGUGUGUGUGUGGUGCUUUUAAUUUAAAGAGAAGUUGUUACGCUUGCAGCAGCCUGUUCCUGUCUUAUUUGUACAUGUGCCGAUACUCUCCCUGCUGUGCACCUGGCUCCUGCCUGCCUCAUGCCCUCUCUCGCACACUGGGAUGUGAGUGCUGUUCCCUGUUCUCAUUUGGAUUUUCCUGGCUGUGUAUAUAGACCUUGACCUCUAUGUAGAUUGCAUAGGCAAUACUUUUAUCUCUCUCUUUUUUCUUUUUUUUUUUUCCUUUUUCCCUCCCUGCCGCCACCCUUUCCCUGAAACCAGAGUGUAUGAUUGUCUCUCCCCAGUGCCACUGGUACCCUUAGGGUGAGCGUCGGAGGCGCGGGAAGGCUGGUACGGAGAAGGGCGGUGAGGUGCUGUUCUGUUCACUGCAGCCUUGACUGUGUGUGCCACUACACCAGUGCCUGGAUCAGGCUCUCUGUGCUACCUCUGCGUGUCGCACGUACUUGGAGGCACUCGUGAGAGGCUCGAGCUCAUGUACCGGGGGCGUGUGUGUCCCCCAGGCUGGCAGCACCGAGGCUUCAAAGCCCAAACUGGCAGCUGCAUGGUUGUCUUAGACUCACUUGCUUCCAAAAUGUAAUUUCAAUGUAACUUGUGAAACGCAGUUUCAACACGACUACUUCGUUGUAGUUCUUGCUGCAGGAGCGUGGGGCUUGAUUUAAAAAUCACCUGGUGUACCCCCCGUCCCUCUCUUGUCGCUUCUUAUGUUUGCUGGCACUGUUAAACUUCGGGUGGAAGGAGCACUGCAAAGCACUGAGGAGUUGUAAAGCUUAAGUCAGAUCAUUAAGUUGGUGAGGGGGUUUGAAGUGAGGGGCAAGACACGGUCGGUGUGUCCCGUGGGAUGUCUGUCCCGUCGGGCAGCAGAGCGUGGGCACGGGAGGUGCUUACGCCAGGGGUGGAGGUGGCUGGUGGAUUUUCUUGUCGGUGGUGGGUUGUCUCCUGCCUCAGUCUUGACACGCAGACCCCAGGAAACGCUGCUUUCCCCUCCAGGAAGAAAUAGGUGGUUGUGGUGAGGGGACACAGGAGGUCCCAGCCAGGGGGUGGGUUUGUUCCCAUUCUGGGGUGGCACUGGGCGAGCGUGGUGCCACUGGGGCUCCUGCGGGGCCGGCUGAGGGAGGUGUGGGCUGUCUCUCACCCUGCAGCACAGGUCCUCGUCCUAGAGGACCCAGGAGCUGCUGUGGGGGUGGCAGUGCCAUCAGGGCACACAUGCAUCCACAGCUUGGUGCUCCGCGCUCUCCCGGCACCCUGGGGUGCUGCGGGGGGGGACACAGCCGCCCGUUGCUCUGUCCCUGCUCACCAGGCACUUUCACCAACCACAUCUCUCCCUCACCUCACUUAGGAGCUGCAUUGGGAGCAGGUUGGCUCGCGGUGACAUCUCUCACUGUGCUUGGCAGGGAGGGCUAGUGACUUCCAAGCCAUGGCUGGUCUGUGGCCGGGCACGUUGGCUGUCGAGCGUGGCGAGAACAAGCUGUUGAGGUGGACUUGGCUGUUAAAGCAUGGCAUGAGCUCCUUCCCUGCCCCCCCCCCGCCCCCUCAUCCCGCUCAUCCAAGAAAUCAGCGGCGUUCCCAGAAGUGAUCCCUGCAGGUCCUGCGCCGCAGGAGCGUGGCGGUGGGUGUGUGCGUGUGGCUGCCCAUGUAGGCGAGCGCGUGACGCGGCGCGGGAGUGUGCUGCCGUGUGUUCAGAGGAGAGCGAAGCGAAUGUCAGCUUGUGUUUUCCGUGUGUGACCUGUAAGCACUGACAUGAUUGAGCAAAGGGUCCUCCCAGAGUUUGUGUGAUAAAGUCUGCGACCUUGUGGCAUUGUUAUAUAUAAGGCAUCCUAUGGUGGGAAAAAAAAUAAAUAAUAAUACAGAGAGCGUUGUUAACUUUUCCAUGUAAAGCAAUCUAACUGGCAUUAAACAAGUUGUGAACUUA